AUGGGUUCAAUGCCAACAGCUGAAUUAAUUGAUCAUGUUGAAAGAUCAUUUCUUUGUGCAACAAAUGAUAAACAAGAUCUUCAAAAAAUUCCACUUUUACAAGAAUUUGAAAAUGAAAUGAAAAUUUAUCAAGCUUGUUUAUCUGAUUUAUCAUUAUUACCUGAUUGUUGGAAUGUUCAAUGGAUUCGAAUUGAUUUAAGACCAAUAAAACAAACAUUAACAAGUUUAUCUCAUAAAUGGUUAUGGAAAUUUUGUGAUUAUCUUCAUAAUCAAACAAGUGAAUCAUUAAAUAAUGUUGAUGGUUUUCUUGGUGCAAUGGAACCUGAAAUUGAAUCAAUAAGUGGUUCAGAACGUGAUACAGAAACAUUUAUGAAAAUAAUGCGUUUAUUUAAUUCUGUAUCAGGUAAACAACAAGAAGUUGAAAUACGUUUUGAAUUAAUGCGUCGAACAUUAUCAUUAUUAAAAAUAUAUUCAUCAUCAAAUGAAUAUGAAUUUAUUUUAAAUGAUAAAUAUCAAACAAUAAUUAAUCGUUGGCAAAAUUUAAAAACAAAAGUUAUGCAAGCUAAACAACGUUUAGGACCAACAU